AUGGCUACAAUAAAAGGCUCACAGCGUCCGACUCCAGUGACGCGCCCAUGGAAUACAAAAGACCUGGGCAAGCGCUUAGGCGUCGAUGCCGCCAGCGCAGCAACAGCUGGCGCGCUGACCUGUCCCUUGAUCACAAUCAUUGAUCGGGCCAUCAUGGAAAAAGCUUCCAAGGGCUUCCCGAUUCAGCAAACCAUAACAUCGUGUCUUCGGUCAAUGGUCGCCCGGCCGAGUGCUUUCUUCUUCAGCACACCAUUCCUCCUAAUAUAUACCCUCUAUGGCUCAACUUACCUGACAGCCAAUGUCAUCGACACCGUCACCGCAACGAUGCGCAAUCAUUCCUACAACACUAUCGACACAGGCUUUGCCAAAUUCAUCGCCACAACAACAGUCAACAUGGCCAUCUGCGUAUACAAAGACGCCCGUUUCGCCAAAAUGUUCGGCGCCCAACCUCCUCCAUCCUCAUCUUCUCAACCCUUGCGCGCCCCGGCUCCGACUCCCCAAAUCCCCAAAUCAUCAUACACCCUCUUCUGCCUCCGCGAUAGCAUCACCAUCUUUGCUUCCUUCAAUAUCCCAGCCAAGAUCGCCCCAUCCAUACCUGACUUCAUGGCUUCAACGCCCGGCAUGAAAGCAUCACUAGCUCAAUUCGCUUGUCCGGCUCUCAUGCAGUUCGCAAGCACCCCGAUGCACCUCCUCGGGUUGGAUUUGUAUAAUAGACAGCCGGAGGGCGGCCUCCGGUGGACAGAUCGUGCAAGCAGAAUCCGCCGCGACUAUGUGGCCAGCUGCUUUGCGCGCAUGGGCAAGAUUGUCCCGGCCUACGGUAUUGGCGGAACAGUCAAUGUGCGCAUGAGGAGUUAUUUGAUGAAUCUCAUUGAGGGUGAGAAGAUCACGAUAUAA